UGGUCCUGAGCUCUGACUCCUGAUGGCAUAGACAAGUGGCCGCGAUCAUCACGUGGACAGUCAGAAAUCACGCUGCGGGAUCCGAUUUCUGUUCCUUUUUUAAUCCCUGGCGUUUCCCUCCAAAUCCUUCGCACAUUUUGUCUCAUAAGACCAUGACGGAACUCGGACUUGCACGUUUGGGAUAAUUUUAAUAAUGGUUCGCUUCAAAUGUACACUUCCACGGAGCUGCAGCUGAGGUUAUAUUCAAAGUCCGACUGGAUUCUCACAGCGUGAUGGAUACAAAUGAGUUCGCAGUACUGAAACUUUUUGUUGUUGGGAUUUUGGUCAAUGCCUGGAUGAUAAGAGGGUUAUCAGCCACUGACAGUUUUAACAUUGAGCCCACUCCCCCCUGGCCAAGGAAACCCUGUAAUGAGUCUCGUCUGCAGUGGGAGGUGGAGGUCUGUGGAGAGGACUUCAAGCGGGACAUGGGUCACAUAGAUCCACAGUACUGGUGUAACCUCACACACUUCAUCAGUGAGUACCACCUCUUCACGCUCUGCACAGAGACGAAGUCCCACAUUGUCCACUGCUACUGGCCCAAUCCCCUGGUGGAGGGCUUCAUCAUCCGCAUACACAAGCACUUUUUCUCCAACUGCACCAUGGAGCCUGUGGUAUGGGUGGACCCGCCGGACGACACACUAACCAUCCUAAUCCUUAUCCCUGUUUUCCUCACAUUGGCCAUGAUAGCCCUGGUGGUCUGGUGCAGCAAGAGGAGCGAUAUCCUGGCUUAGGAGGGGAGGAAGAUGCAAGUAGAGGGAGAAGGGAGCGUGAGAAAGACUGAGUUCAAGGUCCCAACCUCUCCACUCAAACAAUACUGCACAGAUUGGUUUAGUUGGUCAAAUUACCCCAUUAGUGGUGUUGCAAAUCACCUCAACUUCCUGUGGAAAUGAGGAAAGUAGUGCCCGGUAGUAUUUUCUUGAAUAUUUAACAUAUUGUGUAAUUUUUCACAUUUCUGACACUGACCUACUAUCACUGUGCUGUUGCACAUCUGAUGUAGACUUAUUUGCUUUCUUGCAUGGUAAAUAUGUAGUUUACCUUAGCACACUUAGCACUGGAAACUGACUCUGUCCAAGGUUAAAACAAUCCACCCACCAGGACCUCUAAAGCUCACUAAUUAACACAUUAUAUCAUGUUUGUUUAAUCCAUACAAAAGCAAGUGUAAAAUCAACUUGUGGAGCAGUAGUCGGGUACAAUACUUUCUUGAGUCACCUUGAGAUUCGAGGUAUCAAGGUAUUUUAUUAUUAUCAUUAGACAACACAAGGUUUUACAACGAAAUUAAAGUUUAUAGUUUAUACACACAGAACUGAAAUAAUUAAUUGUAUGUACAUGUAUGGUAACAUGUAAAAUAAAUAAAAUAAACCAUAAAUAUUAAAUAAAUAUUAUAAUAUACAGUUAUUUAUAAACAUAUAUACAUAUACACAUAUUUUUGAAUUUGCAUCUACGAUGAUGUAAACAGUAGCAAACAUAAAAAGUCAGACAUAUAGGAAACAGUGUCCAUUUUGAAUGCGUUUGAGUACCAAACAUCACCGAUGUAAACAAAGAGCUCGCCUCCUCUCAUCUUGCUGGUAUCUUGUGCUCUUGUGUCAGCUCGGAACGUGAUCACAGCACCCACUGUGGAGCCUGGUUCAGUUGAUCUGACAGGGUGGAUUGUCUCAAGGUCCGCUGCUCUUUUAUCCAAACCCUGGCUUCUUUAUCUGAUGACUCUAUUUCUGUCAUAGGUAAUUUGUGUUUCAGCAAUAAAUAAAAAAUACGAUGAAAACCAAAAAUGUAGUAGAGUUUGAAGAUGCUGAAGGCCCCAGCAUCAGUGCGCGGAGCCGUUGCCAUAGUCACCAUCUUCUGAUUCAGUCAAUUUUACACAAUUAUGGCUUAGCCGGUUAAAUCAAAAUCCAACAGACAUCAAUCAAUGAUGUUUCAGCAAUAAAGCCCAAAAGAAAUAAGAUUAAAUCAAAAGUGUAGCAAAGUCUUAAGGAGUUUCCAGCCACUGCAUUUACAUGCGCUGAGCAUCAACAGCCAGGAAAGACUCCAGGAAGUAACUGCUGCUGACCAAGGAAUAGUACGGCACAUAACCCCCCGUAAACCCACAUGUCACUUUACACUUUGAUUUUUGUAUGGAUGAAACACACAACACACAAGUUAGUGAGCUUUAUAGGUGCCAGUAGGUGGAUUUUGUUACCUUUGAACAGAGCCUACAAGCUAACGGUUUCCCCUUGUUUCCAGUCUUUAAGCUAAGCUAAACUAACCAGCUGCUGACUGUUGCUUCUUAAGUAGCUUACAGGCAUGAGAGUGGUAUCAAUCUUUUCAUUUAACUCGCGACAAGAAACCGAAAAUGCAUAUUUGUAGAACUGUUCCUUCAAGACACAGAGUCAUUUGAUGAUGUCAUCACUUACUGGGUAACUUGACCAGCGGGACAAUCUACCAAAUCUUGGUGCAUCCUUCAAAGCUCAUGGAUGUGGACCAUUGACUCGGAGAUUCUUGUCAGAGCACUGUAUCAUGACUGAAGGCCAAAGUAUCUACCAAGCAUCAGAGGCAGUGACUGAACUGACUCCAAUACCAUUUGUUAAAUAUUUUAACAUGAUACUCUUUUUGGCUUGGAUACAAAGGAAGACACAUUUGGACUUAAUAUUGUCUGUAAUAUUAAUCUACAAGUUUUACCUUACACUGUUGUGCAACCCAAAGACAAGGCAACACUAUGAUACAUAUAUGUUGGGACUUGAAUUUCUUGUGUGACUACCUGAGCCUCAAGGGACUGUUUUAUAACAGUGUAACUUAUCCGAUACUGUUGAAUAAAAUACUGUUAAUACUCACAAAGAGGGAUUCUCAAUGGAAACAAAAAAAUAUGAAUUGACAUUGGGACCUCAUACUGUACAGUAAUGCUCUCUGUCCGUGCUGUCUACUGUAUCUGCAUUGCCUCUCCAGUGUUACUCAGACCAAUGAGAAAUUCACACCGAUGUUUUGAAAUUAUUUCCUUUUGGGAAAGGCUUGAUUUAAAGUACGCACUUCAUUGGUUCUUUGAACCACAGUCCUCACCAGCCAUGAGGGAAACUACCAACCAAGCACUGCUUUAUUAUUUUCUUCCAAAGCGUAAGGCAUCAGCUCUGUCAGCUCUCACCUGCACACUUUCGUCUAUGGAAACUUAAACUCCUGAGCAAAAGUACUUUGAUUAAAUCUCUCUUAAAGUAACUGACAGCUCUCCUUCAUUACACGAACAAAGCAAGGACACAGAAAACAACUAACUCAAUUUUUGCAAUGCAAUGUAUCUUAGCUAAUGUCUGUGAAUUGAUGUUUAUGAAUGUUUUGCAAAACUAGAGCCAUCUGCUGUCUGUUGCCUUCUGUUUGUUCCACAGUCAGCUACAAAAGUGUAUUUCUUUCUUAAAACCAGUGAAAAUGUACAAGUCGGAUUGCUAGCAACUCAGCCUCUUAAAAUUAUUCCUUUGGGUAAUCUACAUCAUUUUAAAAUAACACAAUGUUGAAUGAUUAUGAAAUUAACUUAUAUUAUAUGAUAUUUCUACUGUAUAAUCUAUGUAAACAAACAAUACCGCCUGGCUAUACUGGUCUCCUCAUACUGUACUGCUUCAUGGCAUACAGAUUAAAAUGGGACAUUGAUGAUCUUCUUCAAGAGGAAACUGUACUAAAGAGAUCCUGCCAGGAUGUAACAACUUUCUUAUCUUAUCUGUUGUCAAUUAAAGAAUCAGAUACCAACCUUAGAAUUAAGAAUCCUUGAGAUUUUCGUAAAAUCAGACUCCAUUUUUGACAUUAUACUCUACAGCAGCAAGAUCUAAUAAUUUUUAGGGGCAAGGCUUGGCAUUUGGUAGUGUCAAUUUUCUGAAGGCACAAAGGGUAAAUGCCAGGGCGGCAAGUCCAUCAAAUAAAACAAUGCUUUCAAGUCCAUGGAAAUUAUGAAUUUAUCGUAAGGGUUAAGGUGAUGAUUUUAUUUUUAUUCAAUUUCUGAUUUGUUAAUGCUUGACAAUAAUUAUAACCAUUCAUUAAGAACGCUGGAACACAGUCACAGUUGGGUCAGUUUAUAUAAUGACAUCAUACUACUUACAUACUCAAGUAAGUUUUUACACAUCAGCAGAAAGCAAACUUGAAUAUCAACAUACUGUUUUUCAAAGCAGCCAGAGCAACCACACAGUCAACAACCAGGAACAAAUACAUGAGAACUGCAGGGAGAUGAAGAGAGACAGAGAGAGCGAGACAGCGCCUGUACGAGAAAGAUAUGUGACCUACGACCAGUUCAUUAGUUUAUAAUAACGCAGAGCAGUGACGAUACAGACGUUUCAUAGAGACGAGCGUAUAUAAUGUGAACAUAGACUCCAGUCUGCAGUGUACACCACUGAUAAACCACACAACUGUAGAGUAACAAUAGGCUUCAUGAUCAUAGAAAUUGUUUUAUCACGUCGACACUUCUGUCCAUAUUCACCCCCCCCCCCAUUCACAUGAUCUCUCUUUUGACAUUGAUGAGCGCAUCGACUUUAUGUUUCAAGUAAUUACAGUACAGCACAAGAUGUCAAACUGUCAUAUGCUCAGAUUUUAAAAUGCUACUCCCAGUACCUUUAAGACUUAGAGAGUCUAAUAUUUUCUUUAGUUUUCCACUUCUUUUUAGACUCGAUUCUCUGGGGACUUUUUUUAGUUGCAGUGUUUUCGUGUAACCUAUUAUUGAAUCCCCAAAGCUUCAGCACAGCACAGGGUUCAUGAGGUGCAUCAACCAUGAUUCAAAACCCUCUCAAAGUUAUUUAAAACAAACACUCACAUGAUCCACAUUCAGUCAGUAUCAUGAUUUAUCACAAGGUCUACAGGUGUUUCCUCCAUGAAACAAAUCCUCCCGGAGUUUGUCCACUCUGAAGUCCAGAAGCUGCUCCACCCACCUGAGCAGUCACUGCUUACAAAUAAAACCUGCCUGAUUAGUUAAUUCACCUUUCAAUUCAUGUUAUGUGUCAUGUAUGUGUAUGUGUGUGUGUGUGUGACUAAACAUCCAUCACUGUAAAAAGGAAAUGCAAUCAUUAAAGGCAUGGUAAUUUUAUCAUUUGAAAAUCUGCUAAAAAAGCUGGAA